AUGAGUUUAUCAAAACAUUGGGUUCUUUUCUAUGUGGAUACCAAAGAGAAGAAGAUUUCAUGGUUGGAUCCAAUAGCAUCUUCUCGAAUAAGGUCUUAUAAUGUCGAAAAAGACAUAAUAUUACAAUGGUUUACAACUCUUCUACUGCCAAAGUUGGGUUAUGUUGAUGCAAAGGAAUGGCCAUUUUUAGUGCGUAAUGAUAUUCCAGAGCAAAAAAAGGGUGUUUGGUUCGCUGUAAUCACAUUACAGCCCGAAUCGGUUACUGGCCGAUUACCUCCAUUGCGUGUAAUAGCUAUUACGGCCCCUCAGCGCGGAUUAGGGAUUCUGCUUGCUUUUCAUCUUCUUUUCCAUUUUUUUGCCCUCAUCAAGCUUCCGAGUCUCCCACGUUUCCCUUCCAGGGAAAGGGAACAGGGAGUUUUGGUAAAAGAAGGAACAAGACCCACACUCUCUGCGUUAGGUGUGGCCGCCGUGGCUUCCAUCUCCAGAAUAGCCGUUGCUCUGCCUGUGCUUUCCCUGCUGCUCGUAAGAGGACAUGAACAAGUACCAAUUGGCUCUGCAGAGGUUCGGGCUGUUUUCAGCAGUGGUAGUGGUCGUGUUGCUGGAUGUAUGGUAACAGAGGGAAAGAUAGUGGAUGGUUGUGGCAUCCGUGUCAUUCGAAAUGGUUGCACAGUCCAUGUCAGUGUUCUUGAUUCAUUGCGAAGGGUUAAGGAAAUUGUUAAAGAGGUAAAUGCUGGUUUGGAGUGUGCUAUGGGAGUGGAAGAUUAUGAUCAAUGGCAGGAAGGAGAUAUUCUUGAGGCCUUCAACACUGUUCAAAAGAAGCGAACACUUGAAGAGGCAUCUACUUCAAUGGCAGCCACACUGGAAGAAGUAGGAGUCGAGUUGUAGAAUGACACUGGCUUCAAAACUCAGAUCAUUUGGUUUUCUUGAUGGAAUCAAAAUUUUCAUGAAAGAGGCAAACCACCAUGUAGUGUGUCUACUGCUGCUUUGGCUAUUGCUCAAUGUGCAUUGAUAUAAGAGAUUUUGCCUCAUGCAACUUAUUUUGGAAUGCAGCAUGUUGAGGUUUGUGGACAAACAAGAUUUUUGCCAUUGUUGGUUUAUUUUUAUUUAAUGUAUGCUGUAUAUAUUAACAUCUCAUUCCAGCUUUGCAUUUGGAAAGACUGGAUAGUUAGUUACAUAUUCCACAGGAUUCAUUGUAGAAAAUACCUUGGAACAUUUAACCCAAAAUGAGGAAAAAGGAAUAUAGUUGGAUAA